CUCAGUUUCUUAAUUUAUCGUGGUUUUCGUUUCGUUUUCAUGUUGUUACAAAAAUUGAACGCAGAAGAGGAUCGUUUUGUUGCGUAAGCCACGUUCUUAAUAUUGGUUCCCUACGUUGAUAUAUCACCAACUGCAGUAAAAUGCUUGCUACAAGACUGUGCCGGAUUCCUAUAACCAGCCUCGUCCCCGGCAUUGGCAGGCUUCUGACCAAACCACAGUUAUGUAUGAGGACCAGAGUCCAGCAACUGGCCUCGGAUUCCAGGUCAGGUGUAAAACGAGCCCAGAGACGAGGAAUCAAGGAGACACUGGCUGCCCCAGCAGGUGAAACAGCUUUCAGCAUUGGUAAAGGAGCAGUUGCAGGGGCGGCUGUUGUAGGGUUGGGAUCACUUUGUUACUAUGGAUUGGCUUCAAAGGAAAUGUCAGCAUUGGAUCAGAGAAUAUUCUGGUCAGAAGAAAUUAAGCAGAGGAUUCGUUCCACCUACUUUUAUUUUGGGGCCAGUGUAGGGCUAACAGCUCUUUCUGCUGUUACCAUCGCAAGAACUCCUGCUCUCAUGAAUAUUGCAAUGAAAAAUUCAUGGGUGGCCAUUUUUGGGAGCAUAGCUGCUAUGAUUGGAACCAGCAUAAUGACACAGUCAAUCCCGUACAAGGAGGGUUUCGGAGCUAAACAUCUAGCUUGGAUGUUACACAGUGCUGUAAUCGGAGGAGUUGUGGCCCCCAUCACGAUGUUAGGUGGCCCCUUGAUGGUCAGAGCUGCUUGGUACACUGCAGGGGUGGUGGGAGGUCUCUCAGCCCUUGCUAUGUGUGCACCCAGUGAGAAAUUCCUCAACAUGGGAGGUCCUCUUGCUAUUGGCCUGGGUGUUGUCUUUGCUUCAUCAGUAGGAAGCAUGUUUCUCCCUCCCACCACAGCCCUGGGAGCUGGACUGUAUUCCAUGAGUUUGUACGGAGGGCUGGUUCUCUUCAGUAUGUUCCUGUUGUACGACACACAGAAGGUUAUCAAGAGGGCAGAGAGCCACCCUGUGUACAGUACACAGAAGUUUGACCCCAUCAAUGCAUGUCUUGGAAUUUACAUGGACACAAUUAAUAUUUUCAUCAGAAUUGCCAUUAUUCUGGCCAAUGGUGGAGGAGGUCGAAGAAAGUGAACAGUUAAUUUAUUUACUUAUAUAUAAAGAGAUGCACCUUGCAGGACUCCCUUGUGGUCAAACAGGAAAUGAUAUUUCAUUAGUUUAAGAAAUAUUUCAUUGCUUCAAGGAAUAAUAUUUCAGUGCUGUGAUGUAUCUUAUUGUGAAUUAACAGCCAUGUAUAAGAACAAUUCUUUCAUGAAGAAAUAAAUGUAUUGUUGUGUUUGAUAGUA